AUGCACAGACAAUCCUUAGGUUCACCAUCUUCCAAACUCCAUCUCCAUGGAGUCAUCAACGACGCAGAAACUCUCAUCGCCGACGAACCACCGAAACCUCACCGUCUCUCUUCACCACCUCCCACACCGCACAAGUUCAUCCACCUCAUUCCAAUCCUCACUCUUUUCUGCUUUUUCAUCCUCUACUUCUUCUCCCACACUCCUUCACCUUCAGACCUAGAUCACCAUUUCACCGGAUUCAAACGUCAUCAUGCAGAAUUGAAUAGUGAUAUUGGAGUGCAUUACGCUGAGGCGAAAAGAAGCGAUGGAUUGGCGAUUAGAAGUUUGCAACAGAUUCCUAAAUCUCAACUUCACAGAAAACUCGCCGAUUUUUGA